AACCGGGUCAGAGCAGGUGGGCCUGUCCAGAACCUGUCCCCUCUUUCUCAGAUACUCAUGUCCUGAAAAAGAUGUGGACCCUGAAGACAUCAGGACCAGAACCAUCACAGAACUGAGCUGUUGGACCUGAGGGGACAGCAGGAUGGGCUCGGUUCUGUGGGUCCAUGGGUCUCCCACAUGGACUGCCGGACCCAAAGUUUCCCCGCUGUCCCUGGUCCCGGGUUCUUCCCAUGAUGCACCUGGUUCUGAGUCGUUCCCAGAGGAGACAGAAGUGGACCGGACCCUCGACUCUACCACUGCCCCCUGGUUCAGUUCUGCUGGUUCUGAUGGAUCUCUGACCCAGCAGAACUUUGCCCCAGGAAUCAAUUGUUCCAGCUCUUAUUCUGAAAAUCUGUCUUCCUGUUUGUCCUCAGGUAUGGCGUGUGUGUGGCUGGUGUGUGCGUGUGCACUGAGCGUGUGYGUCAGAGCUGACAGCGGAUUGGACAGAAGAGACCACGCCCACUCACAGCAUCAGCAGCCUAAYGGCCGCGCAGAGUCAGACCUGUGUCACAUCGACCCGCCCCUCUGCCACGAUGAAAACUCCCUCCUGAGCUUCGAGGCGAUCCGCAGCGUCCACAGACUGAUGGAUGAGGACGAGGACGGGAUGGUGGACUCUGAGGAGACGGACGAGUUUCUCAGGGAGGACCUGAAGGAUCCAGACCCAAGAACCAAACCCAGCAGCUUCCACCGGGCCGACCCUCAGAUCAGCCUGGAGGACAUGUGGACCACCUGGAAGAGCUCUGAAGGUGGGCAGCAGCUGUAUGUGUGUAAUGUACCCCCAUACCAUGAGAGAGUUCAUAAGACUGAUCAGAUAAGGGUUCUAAAACUGAGACACAAGUUUCUAAAGAGGUGUGGCCUACCAAUCCAAAGAGGUGUGGCCUACCAAUCCAAAGAGGCGUGGCCUACCAGUCCAAAGAGGCGUGGCCUACCAAUCCAAAGAGGCGUGGCCUACCAAUGCAAAGAGACGUCUACCAAUUCAAAGAGUUGUGGCCUACCAAUCCAAAGAGACGUGGCCUACCAAUCCAAAGAGGCGUGGCCUACCAAUGCAAAGAGACGUCUACCAAUUCAAAGAGUUGUGGCCUACCAAUCCAAAGAGUUGUGGCCUACCAAUCCAAAGAGGCGUGGCCUACCGAUCCAAAGAGGCGUGGCCUACCGCUCCAAAGAGUUGUGGCCUACCAAUCCAAAGAGGCACGGCCUACCAUCCAAAGAGUUGUGGUCUACCAAUCCAAAGAGUUGUGGUCUACCAAUCCAAAGAGUUGUGGUCUACCAAUCCAAACGGGUGUGGUCUACCAAUCCAAAGAGACGUCUUCCAAUCCAAAGAGACGUUGUCUACCAAUCCAAAGAGUUGUGGCCUACCAAUCCAAAGAGUUGUGGUCUACCAAUCCAAAGAGUUGUGGUCUACCAAUCCAAAGAGUUGUGGUCUACCAAUCCAAAGAGUUGUGGUCUACCAAUCCAAAGAGGCAUGGCCUACCAAUCCAAAGAGGCAUGGCCUACCAAUCCAAAGAGUUGUGGUCUACCAAUCCAAAGAGGCAUGGCCUACCAAUCCAAAGAGGCGUGGCCUACCAAUCCAAAGAGUUGUGGUCUACCAAUCCAAAGAGAUGUGGCCUACCAAUCAAAAGAGUUGUGGUCUACCAAUCCAAAGAGUUGUGGUCUACCAAUCCAAAGAGACGUGGCCUACCAAUCCAAAGAGUUGUGGCCUACCAAUCCAAAGAGUUGUGGUCUACCAAUCCAAAGAGACGUGGUCUACCAAUCCAAAGAGACGUGGCCUACCAAUCCAAAGAGUUGUGGUCUACCAAUCCAAAGAGACGUGGCCUACCAAUCCAAAGAGACGUGGCCUACCAAUCCAAAGAGUUGUGCUCCUCCUCUUCCUGUCUGCAGGCUGGCGGUGAAGAACAGCACCCUGACCGUCCUGCUGCUGAAGGUUCUGGACCGAAGCCACGCCCAGAAGCUGCAGCUGAAGGCUCUGCACCUGGUCGUGUUCGGACCGCCUCCAGGGCAGCAGAACCUCUGGAAGGACCUGGUUCUGGGCCUCUCCGUCCUGCUGGCGCUGGGCGGCUGCUGCUUCGCCUACACUCAGACCAGGAGGUCCAGAGACCACCUGGAGACCCUGAUGAAGGACCUGGAGGGUCUGCAGAGGGCUGAACAGAGUCUGCUGGACCUGCAGGCCAAGCUGCAGCAGGCUCAGGAGGAGCAGCUCUGGGUUCAGAUGGAGAAGGUUCGGGUGGAGGAGGAGCUGAGGAACGAGAUCAGCUCAGCCAAAGGGGAAGCUCAGCGACUGAGAGCGCUGCGAGAAGGAGAAGAGAAUGGGCGGAGCCGGCAGAAAUACGCUGAGCAGGAGUUGGAGCAGGUUCGAACGGCGCUGAAGGAGGCUGAGAGGCAGCUGGAGUGGCAGGUCCACUGGGUUCCACCGGAGGCUCUGCAGAAGUGGCUGCAGCUGACCCACGAGGUGGAAGUUCAGUAUUACAACAACAAGAAGCAGAGCGCUGAGAAACAGCUGCUGCAGGCCAAAGAUGGGGCAGAGAAGAUCAAGAAGAAGAGGACUUCUCUCUUCGGGACCUUUCAUGUGGCUCACAGUUCUUCUCUGGAUGAUGUGGACCAGAAGAUCCUGUCUGCCAAACAGGCGCUGGCCGAGGUGACGGGGGCUCUGCGGGAGAAACUGCACCGCUGGCAGCAGAUCGAGUCUCUGACAGGUUUCUGUUUGGUCAACAAUCCGGGUCUGGGAGCCCUGGCUAAAGCCCUGAACCUGGACCCGGCCUUCCUGGGCCUGAGACCCCCGACCCCUCAGAACCUCCUGCUCUCUGAUGACCUGGACGAUAUGGACGAGGACAUCCUGUCUCCUGGGACGCUGCAGUAUGCUGCCUGGCAGAUGGAUCGGCGUGUGAGUGACCUGUGGCCGCUGAGCGGCAUCACUGACAGCCAGUCACCAUGGAAACAGUCAGUUCAGAGCCUGAUGCCCCUGCGAACGCGGGUGGGUGACCCCAGACUGGCAUUCAGCUCUCAGAGGGACRUCAUGAACCGCUCAGAUUCUGACUCCGCCCUCCCGCUCUUUCUCAGCGAAUCACAAGCUCUGAAUUCCUCCAAGUCAAGUCUAAAGCCAUCCAGGCUCCACCCCCUUCAACACCAAAGCUCCUCCCACAGAGAAGGAGGAGGUCUGGAGAAGAGCUCCAGUCUUGUGGAACUGAGGGGAAGCCCCGCCCUCUCCUGCUCCACACGCUCUCUCUGCUUCACGUCCAAYGCCGCCGACAGGUCCGCCGUCCUCUCAUCCUCCGCCUCGUCCAGCUCCUCGGGGAGCGGCCAGGGGGGCGGAGCCUUGCUGGCGAGCAGGAGGAGCCCUGUGAAGGAGGAGGGAGGGCAGCGGUCUGACUCCUCCAGCAGCGAGAGGAGGAGAGCGUUCCGUCAGAUCUUCAGGAAGAAACAGGACCGCUGCUGAGGAUCUGUGAAACGCUGCUGCCUCAUCUUCAUCAUCUUCAUCAUCAUCACUGAGAGCCUCGUCUUCAUCACUGAGAGCCUCGUCUUCAUCACUGAGAGCCUCGUCUUCAUCACUGAGAGCCUCGUCUUCAUCACUGACAUUCAGAGACAAACUGACUGAGUUUGACAACAGAAAAACUCAAACCAGUUAAAUGUUUCUGUCCCAGUAGAAAUGAACCAAACCACAGUUUGUUUAUUUUUACUGAACGUUUGUUGGUUGAAAAGAUUCACUUUGAUCUUUAGGCUCCUCCUCCUCGUGUUAAAAACGUUCUUACAUCAACGGUCCUUCAGGUCCAGCAGGUAAACUUGGAUCCAUCGUUUGAAACGUUCAUCUGCUGGAAAAGUUUCACAAUAAAACCAUUUCCUCCUCCGGAGCAAAGCAUCAUGGGAAACAUGGUGUGAUGAAUGUUUGAGACAGGUGGUGCAUUCACUGACCUCCAGGUUUGUUUGGCUGCAGGUGGUGCAUUCACUGACCUCCAGGUUUGUUUGGCUGCAGGUGGUGCAUUCACUGACCUCCAGGUUUGUUUGGCUGCAUGUGGUGCAUUCACUGACCUCCAGGUCUGUUUGGCUGCAGGUGGUGCAUUCACUGACCUCCAGGUUUGUUUGGCUGCAGGUGGUGCAUUCACUGACCUCUCAGCCUUUAUUUACUCUGUGAUUUAAAGUUUAAAUUUAACGUAAACUAGAUGUUUGUUAAAACGUUUGUGUUUAAUAAAGUUUAUUCAGGCUGAAGA